AAGUUACAACAUUCUACAAAUUAUAUUUAAAAAUAAGAAAAAAGAUUAUUUUAUUUUCCGCCGGUGAAUCCUCCCCUCGAUCCGCCGGUAACUAUCAGCGUUCAUCGUCUUUCUCUGCUUCUGAAUUUCGAUUUGACGGAUCAAAUUUCACUUUCCGACGAUAAUCUUCUCCUUCUUGUUUUUCCUUUGCGUUCGCCGGAAAUCAGGAAACGAAGAGAAAUGGCGUCGUGGAAUUCGAUUCCGCUCGAGAUUACCUACGAAGUACUCGGAUGGUUCGCCUUCGUUUCCUGGUCCAUCAGUUUCUAUCCUCAAGUCAUCUUAAAUUUCCGUAGGAAAAGUGUCGUGGGACUGAACUUCGAUUUUGUGCUGUUAAAUUUGACUAAGCACUCGACAUAUUUGAUAUAUAAUGCCUCGCUUUACUUCAGCUCGGCUGUUCAGAAACAGUACUUCGAGAAAUAUGGUUACGAUCAGAUGAUACCUGUUGCUGCAAAUGAUGUUGCUUUCUCAAUACAUGCUGUUCUGUUGACGGCAAUCACCUUGUUCCAAAUUGUGAUAUAUGAUCGCGGAACUCAGAUAGUUUCCAAAGUAUCACUGACAAUUGUUACUGUUGUAUGGCUAUUUGCCGCAAUUUGUUUCUUCAUUGGUCUGUCUAGCCAUUCUUGGCUCUGGCUAAUUUCCAUAUUCAACUCAAUUCAAGUAUUUAUGACGGCUAUUAAAUACAUACCUCAGGCUAUCAUGAACUUUUUGCGGAAGAGCACCGAUGGAUUCAGCAUUGGCAACAUACUACUCGACUUUCUGGGAGGGUUGGCAAAUUAUGCGCAGAUGACAGUGCAGUCCAUAGAUCAAAAUUCAUGGGUAAACUUUUAUGGCAAUAUUGGGAAGACAUUGCUCUCUUUGAUAAGUAUAUUUUUUGAUCUUCUUUUCAUGCUUCAACAUUAUGUACUAUAUCCUGGCAAGAUGCCGAUUGUGUCUCAGAAAGCCGAUGCAGAGAGCAGAGAGACACUUAUCACGCCUCCGGGUCGCCCAGAAUCAGAAGAUGUGUAAGGUUAGGCUUCUCUAACGUGUAGCCAAAAUGUCUUUGGUAUGUGUAAAAAUUUGUCAAUCAUGGCAUAGAAACACAUUGCUUUGUCAACUUUGAUAGAUGAAACAAAUUUCAUUGAAGCUUUAGAUGUAAAUAUAAAACAUAUAUAGUGGGUUAUUCUAUUUUUUGAUAUGAAGACAUUGGGGUGUUAUCUA